GUAGAGUGCAUCUAUGUAAAGGGACCAGUCCAACUUGUUGUCCAGGUGUACACCUAGAUAUUUGUAGGUUGGCACCACCUCGAUGUCCACCCCUCGAAUGUUAACUAGCUGAUGAUCAGAGCCUGGAUCUUCGUAAAUCUACUAUCAUUUCCUUUGUCUUUGAGGAGUUCAGUAGGAGGCAGUUUUUGUGACUCCAGUCACCGAAGGCUUUUGUCAGAUCCCUGUCAGGUAAGCUGUCAUGAGUUUUGCCUGAGUGGGCUCAGAGUUGGAUGUUAUUUUGUUGUGUAUGUUUGUUUACUGACUGAACUUAUUCUACCAUCUCCAUCAUUUGAUACUGAGUCACCUGAUCCUGAGCUGCUGUCUGAGCUGCUGCUGUCAACAUGUGUAACCAGGCAACACAAAACAAACACAGCCUGAUCUCCCUCAGGACAGGGAGCUCUGCUUCACUGAAGAUACUUUACAUUUCUUUAAAUUUCUAUAAAACCCAAAUUAGCUGACUGAAAGAAACUAAGCUCCUUUAUCAUCACAAAUAUAGUUUAAUCAUUAGAAAAUGAGUUCAGGUGUUUUGGUGUCCAGGCCUCACUAUGACAGCAGAGCUGUGGCUCAGGGGGUCCCAGAGAAAGGCCCUCCCGUGGAGGUCCCGCAGCCGUCUGCAGGCUCGGCCACAGCGGGAUACCGCUCCGCAAAGUACACCCCGGCAGAGUGGUUCUCCAACUACCGCACCAUCCUCCAGCAGGCAGGGACCGACCGCCAGGAAGCCCACAGCAUCCAGCGAGAGUCCAAGAGUCUUUACAGGAGCGCCGAGGCAGCCACCCUGCAGACCCAGGCGGACGGAACCCGCCUUCUAGGGGAGAGACUGCAGGAGAUCCACUGCUGGAAGUCAGAGCUGCAGCGGCACAUCGAGCAGCUGCUGGCGGACACGCGCGCGCUGCUGGCGCUCAAGACGCGGCUGGAGAAAGCGCUGGACGCCACCGAGACUCCCUACGCCAUCGCCACGGAUAAUCUGAACUGCAGAGCAAGGAGACUGGGACCGGACCUGGUUAGAGACUCCGUGGAGGUGGAGCUGCUGAAGGAAGUGGAUUUGAUCAGGAGCAUCCAGGCUCUUCUGAAGAGAACAACAGCGCAGGUCGUUGCUCAGAUCAAGAUGAACAGAGCAACCAAGCAGACGUUAGAGAUGGACUGGUCUGAUAAGCACCAGGCCUACAGCUUUGAUGAUCACAGUGGACGAUACAGUAACGUGAGUGCAGAUACACAGCACCACCCCAGCUCAGCCAGCAUGCAGGACCAGGUGUGUAACCCCUCAGCGUGGACCAAGUUCACUCAAGACAACCUGACCAAAGCCUUCCAGGAGGAGCAGGCCACCACCAGUCUCAGAGCACUGGUAGAGCAACUGCUGCAGGACACCACAGAAGACCUGAGAGUCCAGUGCUCCAGUGUUGACCGAGCCUUCAGCCGGCGCUGUGAAGACCUGAUAGAGGCCAAGACCCAGCUGGAGAUGAAGCACACACAGAUCUUGGAGCAGAUCGGGGGCCAGGAGAGGAACAUUGUGGCCUUGCAGCAGGCCAUCCACAACAAAGAGGCCCCACAGAGAGUCGCCCAGUCCAGGCUGUACCUCCGCUCCCUCAGACCCAACAUGGAGCUCUGCAGAGAUGAACCCCAGCUCAGUUUGGAGGGGGAGGCGCGGCAGAUUGAUGCAACUCUGGCGUCUCUGCAGCAGCAGCUGAGUGAGGCUCGAGGCUCUCUGUCCCACCUGGAGGAGUCCCGUAUCACAGCUGAGAAGGACAUAAACUGUAAAACCCACUCUCUGUUCAUCGACAGAGACAAGUGCAUGGCUCACCGUAAACGAUACCCAACCGUCUCCACCCUGAUGGGAUACUGAGGAGAGGUGUUUGUGUGGAAUUUGCUUUAUUUCGUUAUUUUAUGGAGGUUUUAAACCACAGGUUGGUUGAUUCCUUGUCGUUUGCUUUGGAGAUCAAUGGGAUAUACUUUUAGUUGAACAUAGAAAAUAUUUAUAGUAUUAUAAUUCAUUUAUAAUAAUGGAAUAGUGGGUCGCAAGAUGUCUUUCAGAAUGUUUUUUAAUACAGUAGGUAAUCCAAAAUUGCAUUUUACCCCUAAUUUACCCCUAAAAUAUCGUCAAAAAUAGUAGUUCAAUUUGAAAUAAAACCUUGCAAAUAAAUAAAUGUAUUAGUUUUCUGCCUGUCUUGAUGACUCCUGAGACUAGGGUUAGUUAAAGCUAGGGUUGGUAGUCACAGAAAACUAGUAUGAAUUUGAAUGUAGCAUUUCCUCAGGGCUCCGUCUAACCCCCCCAGAAAAUUGUUGCAUAAAGAAUAUUUGGUGACUAUCUGGUCUAAGUCAAAAAUCUCUUUUAAUGAGCGAUGAGUUUCAUCAAACAGAUUCAGAGAACACGAGAGGAACUUCCUCUUAAGGCCUUAAUAGCUGCUCAGCUGCAGUAAGUAAGGGAUAAUGUAUGGUUAGCAGGUUGUUAUGGGAAAAAGAAUCCGGACAGGGUGAGACAAGACCCCGACACGACCAACCUGAAGGGGUGAAGUCCGCUUAUUACCCGGCUACAAACUUAAAACACAAACAUGUUGUCAAAAAACAUUGAUUAAAAGAUUAUUUUAUUGAUUUAAAAUGAUUUAUGGAUACAUUUUUUUUAAAAACAGUCCCAGUGAUUCGACUGCAGUAACUGUUUGGUACAGAAAACACUGAUGCAUUGCUUCCAGCGGUGACCCGAUAGCUGCUGGUCAGUACAUACGCAGGAACAUCACAAGCGGGAGGAAGCUUACACAAUGCCUUUUCUGACCUUUAUGAAUCUCACCCCUGACAACUAACCCAUAUUACAAAGACUAAAGACUAAAGACUAAACCAAUACUGAAACUAAUAAAAACUCAACUAAAACGAAGCAUUUUCAAAAAAUCAAAACUAAACUAGCAAACCGCUUUAAAAACGAAUUAAAACUAUACUGAAAUUGUAAACAAAAAGUCAAAAUGAAACAAAAAUCAAAACUAAUGCAAAAUGCAAAACUAUAAUAACCUUGGUCCGUAGCCUGCCGAUUCAGCAUGCGAACCGAAGCUAACGUUUUAGCCACAUUCCUUACCAAUAUGACCCUAACGGAAGCUAACGGUUUCCCCUCACCUUACGGUCUGUGGGGUCAUCAAGCAAAGUGCCGGAAUUCUUUUCUGUGGAUUGAUAUGACAUGACGUGUGAUCAGUUUGCCGCUGGCGUUGCUCAUGUUAGUGAAAGUUAAUAACCAUCAUCAAGGGGUUUGGACGAAUCAGAAUCAAGCUUCUUACACAACCGAAAUAUCAGUAAGAAAGCCAGGUAACAACAGUCGUUAAACACUUCACACAUACAGAUUCUUGGUGGUAACACUCUUCAGUUAACAACACAUCUUUUUUUUUUCUCAAACUCAAAACAGAUUUACUUGUGACACUAAUAAGAUGACAGAUAUUUUGAUUAUGCAUUUCAACCACUAAAAUCAGGGGAAACUAAAAAGAAAAGAGUGACCUAUGUUUUAGAAAUAAAAAACAUCUCACUGAAAGAAUAAUUAAGUAUGACAUGCCUUUCAAAUUCAGGCAAAUUCUUUAUUUCUUUGCAUCCUAAAAAAUGUACUCUUUGUUUGUUUUUCCACCACCAGAGGGAGCUCUUGAGCCUCAGACUCUCAUCUCCUGUCUUGUGUUAUAACAUGAGCUGUCACCUGAUUCAAAACCUGCUCAUAUAAAUGUGUAUUUAAGAAUUACAUAUGAUGAAUAUUUUAUAUUUUAAGUUUUGUUGUGUUAAAACCGUUCAAAUAAAGAUGGUAGAGUAA